CAAAAGCCAACUCCAAAGCCCUAAUUGUCAUCCCCUUUACUUCUCUCUCUUCGGACAACCAACGAGCCCACCUCGAUCAACAAUCACUGAACUUUCCCCAUACUCCAUUGUCAAGAAUUCAGACUCGGAACAAUUCAAUUUAGUACUUCACUUAAUCAGACAUGCAAUAAUUCAGCCGUAACAGGAAAGUGAAAUUGGGAGUGCUCAUGGAGAUUGACUUUCCUAUGGAAUGACAAUGGCUAGGGUUUUGGUUGAGAAUUUAAAUUAGGAAUUGUUUGUUGGUUAUGUGCUUUCAUGUGAUUGCUUGAUUGUUAUCGUUUUUGUGGUGACAAUGAAUUCGGGUGUCAGAAUGCCGGGACCUCGGCACUGCCCCCGGAUCAGUACAUUUGAGCUAAAGCUUCAGAUUGAGAGGAAGAUUGGUCGACAGAGAGCUGAGAUGUAUUUUGAUCUGUUGACUAGAUAUUUAAGUAGUAAGCUCAGCAAAUCAGAGUUUGAUAGCCUCUGUGUUGGUUUGGUUGGGCGAGAAAAUAUCUCCCUUCAUAACAAGUUCAUUCAAGCAAUCAUUAGAAAUGCAUGCGUCUCUAAGACUCCCCCAGAAAAGUACAGCAAAAUGGAAGGUUUGCUGAAUGGCAAAGUGCCAAAUGGAUACCAAAUUAGUAGCCUUCAGUCAAUUUGUCGGGAUGCGUUUACUCAGUCUCCUAGGAAGGGCAGAACGCCAAGCUUUCGUGAUCGCAAGUUCAAGGACCGUCCAAGCCCUCUUGGUCCUCAUGGGAAGUCCCAUAAUCUUGCAUGUGAAGAUUCAGUACCCAAGGUUCAGGAACAGCAAAGUGCUACUGAACUACUGUCCUUAGGUAGCAGGCCUCCUCUCGAAGUAAACUCUGUGGAAGAUGGAGAAGAAGUUGAGCAGGCUGCUGGAAGCCCAGGCAUAUACAGUAGAAGUCCAGUUACAGCUCCUCUUGGAAUCUCAUUGAAUAAUAAAGGAAGAAGGAAACUGUUCGGUCACGGUUCAACCUCUUUCCUUCGCACUGAAACCUGUUAUUUUACUGGCGAGCUACCUGAUAUGAAUUGUUUGAAGAAGAGGUUGGAACAGAAGUUAGAGGUCGAUGGCUUGAACGUCUCCUCAGAUUGUGUUAACUUGAUGAAUAAUGGACUAGAUGCAUAUUUGAAGAGGCUAAUAAGACCAUGUCUGAGUUUGGCUGCUUCAAGGUCAGAGCAGAAGCACCAUAGCCAAGUUCAUCAUCAGGGAAUAUCUGUUCCAAAUGGGAUGAUGCCCAUGACAUAUGCACAAAGGGCAAACAAUUCCUUUUCUGUGUCAAUGUUGGAUUUUAGGGCUGCAGUGGAGUUGUGUCCCACAUUGCUUGGAGAGGAUUGGCCCAUACAGCUUGAGAGGUUUCCCUUGCGUGCCCCUGAAGACUCCAUGGAUCAAUGGAAAAGGAUUUUCUAAUUGUCGACUUCUCGGUCCAUCUCGAAGUAAAAGUUUGUUUUGUGAUGCUAGAAUCCAUUCUAACAGUGAUGACUCCGUAUACAUAAGCAAUGCUGAUAUCUUCAUGGUUUAGAGUUGCUGAAAUUUUUGAAUCAGGUGUUUAGGUUGUAUAUACAUCUCAGAGCUGAUUAUUUCCGAAGUGGGAUCCCUUACCUCAUAAAGUAUAAGGACAUUGAUACUUGUAUAAUUUCAGCCAUUAAAAAUGUUUCAUUGGCUACUGAACU